GGAAAUAUAAUUGUGUAAAAAUAAAAACUUUUCUUUUUAUUUCUUUCUAUUUAUUAAUAAAUAAUCAGUUUCGUUCAAUGAACUAUCUUUUAAUGGAUAGAGCUUCUGAAGCAGCAGCAAAUGACCUCGCUGAGGUUCGAAAACUUAUUGAAGGAAUGAAUGCUCUUGUUCAUAGCCAAAUUCAACAACAACAACAACAGAUUCAACAACUUCAGCAACAACAGCAACAACUCGAACAACAGCAACAACUUCAAAAGCAGCAACAAACAGAACAACAAAAGCCAAAAGAAUACCCCUCCCCUUCUGCUUCCCCCCAACAACAUCCUAAUUUACAACAACAACAGCAAGAACAACAGCAAGAACAACAACAACAACAACAACAACAACAGAGGCACCAAUUACAACCACAACAGCAACAGCAACCACAACAACAGCCUCAUUCACAACAACAGCCUCAUCCACAACAGCAGCCUCAACAGCAGCCUCAACCACAACCACAACAACAAACACAUUCACAACAACAAAAACAAGAACAACCAGCUACUAUGGAAGCAAACAUUCCACCUACUCAAAUUCAUUCGACUACUGCCCCUACUACUUCAUUAAAAACUGAUUCCACGACUAAUACUACUGUAACUAAUAGCGAAAACAAUGCUGCAACUACUAUGACAACCACUUCUACUGCUGCUAAUACUCAACAAACAAAUUUACCUCCAUAUCAUAAUCCUAUCAUUCCUCCUAAUGGCGUCAUUUGUGAGGUAACUCAUUUAACUUUUAACAGUGUUUUAUAUUUCCAAUUAACAGAGGAUGCAACUAUUGAACCUAUGGUAGCUUGGUUACGUCUUUCUUAUCAAGAUGCUGGUAUUUCUGGAAUGGUACUUCAAUAUAAGGGAUUUGAUGGAUUAUGGAAAUGUUUAUUAAAUCGUGAUGAUUCUUUAAGACGAAUUUUAAGGCAAAGUAUGAAGGGAAACACAAUAUUGCAAAUGAGAAUACCCCGCGAACAAGAUUUAUUAAGUUCCGGAUAUACAGAUCGUCGACUUUUGGCACUAACAAAGACUGAACGUAUGCAAUAAUUAUAUUUAUAAUUUCAUAUACAGAAUAAAAGUGAACAAAAUCUUUUGUAUUUGUUUAAUUUAUAAAUACAUGUAUAACUAUCUAUUUUUACGCUUUGAACAAAAGACUUUUUUUUUAAUAGAUAAAGCUGCCAUUUAAUAUACCUUAAGCUUAAUAAUUUCUGAGCAGCAGAAUAUUAUACGUCAUAAUCUCCUAGUAUUGCGUUAUACAUCUCGAGAAAGUGGCUCGUGUCUGUUACAAAAUGGAUGAUCA